AUGGUUACCGGCGGCACCGGGUUUAUCGGAAACCGCAUCAUCCGCAAGCUGGUGGAACGUGGCGAGGAGGUGGUCUGCUUCGACCUGGCUCCGCCGCGCGCGAACCUGCAGCCGCUGCUCGACCGCAUAUCCAUCUAUCGGGGCGAUGUGACCCGCCUGGAACACCUGCUGGAAGCGGUCAACCGUCACAACGUGGACCGCAUCAUCCACAUGGCGGCCCUGCUGCCGCCCGACACCGAAGACCGGCCGGCCACGGGCAUGGCGGUCAACAUCGACGGCACCAACAACAUCUUCGAGGCCGCCCGCUGGGGCAACAUCCGCCGCGUGGUGUAUGCCAGCAGCAUCGCCGUGUACGGCGUCCAGGACACCUUCGGCGACCGCCCGCUGAUCGAGGACGAUCUGCCGGCGCCCAUCAACGUGUACGGAAUGACCAAGGCGGUGAACGACUUUGCCGCCGCCCGCUACCGCACCUUGCACGGUCUCGACAUUCGCGGCGUGCGCAUCUGCACCGUCUUUGGACACGGGCGCGUCACCGGCAUGACUGGCAUGAUCGGCGGGCUGAUGAUGUCCCUCCCGGCCAUCGGCCAGGCCGUCAGCAUGGACUUCGAUCCCCAGGAAGCCUCUCCCAUGAUCCAUGCCGAGGACGCCGCCGAGAUCUUCGUCGGGUCGCCCUCGCGGACCAGCUGA